AUGAGGCUGAACUUGGAGCCGAUUGACCCGUUCCGGGUACGGAUUGCUAACGGGGAACGCUUGUGUUGCAGGGCAAAAUGCCCGAAGGUCCACGUGAUGAUACAGGGCGCAGAAUUGGAGGUAUCCCUGUUCGUCUUGCCAAUCCGCAGACUGGACGUAGUCCUAGGCGUUCAAUGGCUGGAAGAACUCGGGUCGGUGAUAUGCUAUUGGAAGACCCUGACUAUGAAAUUUAAGUGGAGGGACAAGGAAUAUUGCUUACAAGGAGUUUCCAGUGGCAUGCGACGUGCAAAUCUGGACGAGUUAUGCAUGGAGGAGGGAGUGAUGUGGGCAAUAUGUCUUCCCUUGCAAGCAGCUGAGAUUGAGCCAUUGCCACCCGACUUGCAAGAGUUGGUGAGGGAAUUUGAGACGGUGUUCGAGAAACCGGAGGCGCUACCGCCGCAUCGACCGGAGGACCAUCACAUUAAGCUCAAAGAGGGCGCGGACGCGGUAAACGUCCGACCCUACCGAUACGGAUAUCACCAAAAGGGCGAGAUAGAAAAGCAAGUACAAGAGAUGAUGCAAGUUGGCCUCAUCCGUCCCAGUUCGAGCCCGUUUUCGUCGCCUGUGCUCCUGGUGAAGAAGAAGGAUGGGACGUGGCGCUUCUGCACGGAUUAUCGAGCCUUAAAUGAGGCCACCAUAAAGGAUAGAUAUCCGAUCCCCACCAUCGAGGAUAUGCUGGAUGAACUUCAUGGAGCUAAGUAUUUUACGCGUCUGGACUUAAGAGCAGGCUACCAUCAAAUUCGGAUGGCUGAAGAAGAUGUGCGUAAGACUGCUUUUCGUACGCAUAACGGUCACUACGAAUACUUGGCCAUGCCCUUCGGGCUGUGCAAUGCGCCAUCGACCUUCCAGGCAGCAAUGAAUGACUUAUUUCGAGACAUUUUGAGGAGGUAUGUUUUGGUAUACUUUUAUGAUAUACUAAUACAUAGUAAGACAUGGGAUGAUCAUCUGCAGCACGUACGACACGUCCUUGAAGCCCUUCGCCGCAAUCAAUACUACGUGAAGUUUUCCAAGUGCGCUUUCGGCUUACGGGAGUUGGAGUACUUGGGACACAUUAUUUCUGAUACACGAGUGAAGGCCGACCCAAAUAAAAUUCAGGCCAUGACCAACUGGCCGCGCCCUACAAGUGUCACCGAGAUGCGGGGGUUUCUCGGACUGACAGGGUAUUACAGGAAAUUCAUACGCAAUUAUGGGGCCAUAGCUAAAUCGCUAACGGACCUGCUGAAGAAAGGCGCCUCUGGGUGGAGUGAUUCGGCCGAAACAGCCUUCACCGAUCUAAAAAGAGCCAUGGCAUCCGCACCUACCUUGGCUAUGCCCAAUUUCCAGCUUCCAUUUGUGAUUGAAGCCGACGCCUCGGGCAAGGGAAUUGGAGCGGUUUUGGCGCAAGAAGGCCGACCAAUUGCGUUCAUGAGUAAGGUAUUAGGGCCCGCCAAGGCGGCUUGGUCCACAUACCAGAAAGAAAUGUUGGCUAUUACAACGGCAGUGCAGAUGUGGCGACCUUAUCUAUUGGGACAAAAAUUUCAUAUUUAUACCGAUCAGAAGAGCCUGAAGUAUAUCUUGGAGCAGCGGAUCGUCACGCCAGAUCAACAUAAAUGGGUCAGUAAGCUCUUGGGAUUCGACUACUCUAUUCACUACAAGACGGGCUCUAGCAACCGGGUGGCGGACGCAUUAUCUCGAUUACCUAACGGGCCAUGGCUCGAUGCAAUCACCCGACCCCAAUCAUCCUUUUGGGACGAGUUACGGGCCGCUAUGGAAAAUAACCCCUACUUGCAGGAGGUCCGUGAGCGAGCACUAGCACCGGAGGUGGACCACUAUGCGUACAGGCAGGGAUUGGUUUUCUAUAAAGGGCGCAUUGUCCUUCCUCCUCUCUCUAGUUUGGUGACAACGGUUUUAAAGGAGUUCCACGAUUCGCCCAUGGGAGGCCAUUCAGGGGCACAACGGACGUUAUCUCGCAUUUCACGGCACUUCUAUUGGCCGCAGAUGGGGCGUACAGUGCGUGAUUACGUAUCCUCGUGCGAUACGUGUCAGCGGGUUAAGUCUGAUUCGCUUUCUCCAGCAGGGUUACUCCAGCCGUUGCCCAUUCCCUGCCAGGUUUGGGAGGAUAUCUCUAUGGACUUUGUGGAAGGGUUGCCGAGCUCAGGAGGGCGCUCAGUUUUGUUCGUGGUGGUCGACAGGUUGACCAAGUAUGCCCAUUUUAUGUCUCUGUCCCACCCGUACACAGCACGAAAAGUAGUGGAUGAGUUCAUUCACGGUGUGGUUCGUCAUCAUGGGAUUCCGUCUUCAAUUGUCAGCGAUCGGGAUGCAGUCUUCCUUAGCCACUUCUGGCAGGAGUUCUUCGGACGUACAGGAACACGAAUUAAUAUGAGUUCUGCUUAUCAUCCUCAAUCAGACGGGCAAAUGGAAGUUAUUAAUCGAUGUUUGGAGCAGUAUUUACGCUGCUUCGCGCACCAACAGCCGCGAAAAUGGCACAUGUUUUUGCCUUGGGCUAAAUUGUGGUACAACACAUCUUACCACCGCACUAUCGGUAUGACUCCCUUUAAAGCUUUGUAUGGGCGCGACCCACCAAACAUCAUUCCAUAUGCCGGGGGAACAAGUUCAGUGGCGGCCGUCGAUGUUUUGCUUGGUGAGCGGGACGGUAUUCUACGAGAGCUCAAGGCCACUUUGGUCGCCGCUAACGAGUACAUGAAGCAGCGUGCUGAUUUGAAGAGGAGAGAGCUCCACUUUGAGGUUGGUGACUUAGUCCUGUUACGGCUACAGCCGUACCGCCAAAGCUCCGCAUUUCGGAGAGCUUCGCAAAAGCUGGCUGCCCGAUAUUUUGGUCCAUACGCGGUUGCCGCGAAGGUCGGAGAAGUAGCUUACCGGCUUCAAUUUCCAGAGGACGUCCGUAUCCAUCCAGUCUUUCACGUUUCCUUGCUUAAACCAUAUCGUGGCACUCCCCCGGAGGUACCAGCGGCGGUUCCACCUGUCUCAGAUGAUGGUGAUGUGAUGGUUGAGCCUGAACAGAUCCUAGACUACCGUUGGGUUCAUCGCAGUGGGAAGAUGAUCGAGGAAGGGCUUGUGCGUUGGGCGCAUUUGUUAAUUGAAGAGGCAACAUGGGAGGAAAUGGCAGUGUUGCGGGACAAGUUUCCCGACUUCGACCUUGGGGACAAGGUCACUCUUUUGGAGGGGAGCAAUGAUGAGGGAGUGACGCAACCAGUGUCGCGCGAGACGUACGAACCAGAGGAACCGCGGCGGACCAAGAGAGUGCCCAAGCCCAAUCCACGUUAUGAUCAUUAG